GGUCGAUGUCGAUUACCUUUCUGACCAACGUCAAGGUUUUAGAGCUGCAGUGCCUAGUACCGAGGAAGUAGUCUCUCUUGGUGGUGCCCCAACAAUUUGUAUUUCAUCGUUGACAAGCGAGGAAGAAGUGCUGCGAAGACAGUUGGUGAACAUUUUGUUCCCGCUUCCUGAGGUAGCCCUGCUGCGAAAAAGUCUGGGGCAGAUCAACCUUGAGGCGGUGCAGCACAUAAAGGAGAUCGACAGAACGCAGCCGUUGGAGAAACAAACGCUGCUGCAACUCUUGUCGAAGAAGCACCUUUGGGCUGUGGUCUCCGCGCGCCACAAGGCGGGCAGCGUCUUAUUUGACUUUUUCUUGCGUCUCGACGCCGAUGAGCUUUUCUCGCGAAACCUCUUCCCCGUGAGAAUGUGGACGGACUCCGCGAUGCUACACAACGGAGAUCAGAAAGUAAACAACGUGUCAAUGACGGAGAGAACUACGACGGCCGUCAGGGAGCGCAUUGACCGAGGACACGGAUCACGCACGUUGGCGAACUUUUUAUCGAAGAACGAAGCUUUGCGAGCGCAGCUUCCGCGAGAGUCACUAGUCAACCUUUUGCGGCAGACGGCAUCGGCAACGCUGUUUCGCGCCAUGGCAAUACAAGACGAAGAGACGUUUUUAGAGCUCCAAGAGGGAAAGCAGGACACUGAG